UGAUUUUAUCAUGAUCCUGACAAUAAUCUCUCUAUUUGAACACAAUUCCAUUUCCCUACUUUUCCCGACUUGCUUGUUUGUAUACAAUACAACGAUCAGAGGCCUAAUGCGCAACAAUUGAAAAUUAUUAGAUGAAUAUGACUCUCCACAAUAGAUAGUAUGAUAUUGUACUUGAGCAUAAGUUUUCAUAGCAUUUGCUUUUGCCUUCCCAAAAUGUCUUAUACGAAUAGAAUGGAGAUGUAUUUUCUACUUAUAAACACAUGAUCGUUCCCUAAAUUAGCUAAGGUGUCCCAACAAUCCUCGACUACUCCCUAAAUUAGUUAAGGUGGAACUCACUUCCAACCAUCCUCGACACAUAUGACGGCUAAAGAUUUAGCAUCUUGGAGCGCGAUGAUAUUAGAGUCCCAAAGAACCAAUUGUAUUUGGCGGCGAUGGAUCUUUCAUCGACUAAUCAACUCUGGUGAGUGCGUCCAUUUGGGAUCAUUUAUUGAAUCAAGGAUAAACGGAAUCCAUAUUCCACGAGAGAUGUUGAAUGGAGAGAGUUAUGAUUUUGGGUUUGCACCAUGCCUAUCAACUGUUUGAAGAAAUGCCCAACAGAGCUAUCAUCGCAUGGGGAGCUUUGGUGUCAUGUUUUGCCUCAUAUGGAGAACUUUCAAAUGCACCAAAUUCCUUAAUGAAUUGGUUUCAGAUUCAACCUUCAUAUCAGAUGGAAUCUUUGGAUCUGAGACCUCUGUUGGACGGCGACUCCUUCAGACUAAAAAAGCUUGCCCUGUGAGCUUUGAAUUUUUGAACUACACAAUCAUGACAAGCAAAUGCAAGGGGCCUUUAUAUUCUCCAGAGCUAUGUUGUUCAGCUCUAACUGAACUCUGUUGCCCUUAUGUUGAUGAUAUGAAUGAUAUGACAACUGUUUGUGCUUCAACCAUGUUUAGCUACAUUAACCUCCAUGGAAAGUACCCACCUGGCCUUUUCUCCAGCAUAUGUCGAGAAGGAGAUCAAGGUCUUGCUUGCCCUCAAUUGCCAGCUCCAUCCCAUCCAAACUCGACCCCGCUCUCAAAAUGUCGAUCUCCUGCAAUCAUCGUUGCCUCUGGACUUGUACUUCUCUUCUCAUGGCCUUUUUUUACACUCUGAGCGCCCCAUUUUUGUCGUUCUUGUUGACCA